AGAAAAGGAGGACAACGCUAGAUGACAGGGUGACUGAAGGAGACGAAGAAAGGAAGCAAACGGUCAACCCGGUUGGUACCUCCCUCUCUAAUUUCUCUGAUUCCUUACUCGUUACUCUCGGAAAUACACAGACAGCACAGCAGGAGAAUCCCUCUUCCUCUGUGUCUCCCAGUGUAUCUUAUACACACACAGAUAUAUCUGCUUGGUGGGCAACCAUCAAGAAGACAUCGUCAAGUCACAUUCUUGCAUCUGUUUCUUGUGGGGUGAUUAAACUCCAACAGCUUAGAGAAACGGAGAGAAAUGAGGCCAAAUUGGGAGUUAAGGAAUUGCUGUAACCAUGAGCAAGUAGUCUUUCUUGUCACUGUUUCUGUGUGCGCCGUUGUUAUUCUUGCGUUAUGGAGAACAGUGUUGCUGAGACCAUUCAAGCUUGUGACAGUAUUCCUUCAUGAAGCAAGCCAUGCCAUUGCCUGUAAACUAACAUGUGGCCAUGUUGAAGGAAUUCAGGUUCAUGCAGAUGAAGGUGGAACCACUCAAACACGUGGUGGCAUAUACUGGUUAAUCUUGCCUGCUGGAUAUCUCGGUUCAUCCUUCUGGGGGAUGGUUUUGAUACUUGCAUCCACAAAUCUUCUUACUGCCAGAAUAGCUGCAGGAUGUUUUAUUGCUUCUCUACUUGUUAUGCUCUUGGUAGCUAAAAAUUGGACUCUUCGAGGACUUUGCAUUGGAUUUGUUCUUUUCCUUGGGGUGGUUUGGGUCCUGCAAGAAACAACAAAAAUUCAUAUACUUCGGUACAUCAUUCUUUUCAUUGGUGUCAUGAACAGCCUGUUUUCAGUUUAUGACAUAUAUGAUGAUCUGAUAUCUCGUAGAGUUCAUUCUAGCGAUGCAGAGAAAUUUGCCGAAGUAUGUCCAUGUCCAUGUAAUGGUGCCGGAUGGGGAUUCAUAUGGGGGGUGAUAUCUUUCUUGUUUCUUUGUGGAGCCAUGUACCUUGGUCUUGUGAUAUUGUCUUGAGAUCUGAGAGAGGCUUUUCCCAAAUGAGAGGCAAGAUGCUUUAAAUUUUGAUCGAUUCACAUUAAGCAUUUUUUUUUUCAUUUCUUAACUGUUGAAUGAACUCUUGAUUUUGUAAGGAGUUGGAAUACAUAUUCAGCUCUUUUCACUGGAUCUGGCGUCCUAAUGUUUUGUAAUUGCGGGCUUGCUCAACUACCCUUCAAACAAUAGUAAUCAAUGAAACUAGAUUUAUUUUAA